UUAGUCUGCGUUUGAGCAGCACUGCGAACGGUAUAACAAAAUAUUUUAAACGCGUUGGGAGUGUUACUAUACAAGUGGAUUGCAAAAUAAGGAAAAAAAUUUCCCAAAAAAAUCGGCACAAAAAAGCUAGAUAAAUACAAAAAAAUUCUGCGGAAAACCGUUGCAUUAAAAGCACACACAAAAUACCAAUAACAAAUACAUAAAUAUAUAUGUGAUUUAUAUAUGAAACGUUUAACUAUCGAUAAUCAACAACAACAACAACAGGAAGAGUUUUACAUAUAAAUAAAGGCAAAACAAAACCACCUUCAAGUAAAUACAAGCCGCAACAACAAUAAGCAACAGAAGACUUCAGCAACAAACUUGGAAUUGAAACAUAGUCUUCAUCAUUCCACACUACUCGCUGUCAUUUUGUUAUAAUUACAAGCACAAAACAACAGUCAUGAAGAAAGCCAGACGAUGGUUUCUCAUAACGGCGUCUCUGUUAAUGCUAGUGACGGACAUAGCAGCAGUGGCGCCGUUCAAAAAAGUUUCAAUUGCCACAACAUCUGCGACAACGACAGCAAAAACCACAAGCACUACAACGGAAGCACCGAGCAGUGAAGCGACUUCUGACGGCACAGCGACGGGUACAACGAAAAAUUCCAAGCUGACUGGUAUACCACAAAUCGAUUAUAUUUGGGACCCAAAUUUGCCACGCGAACUGAGAGGCUACAAUCUCUCGAGUUAUCCCUUCUUCUCGAAUGUGCCACCAGAGGAGGAUAUUCAUUUCAAAUGUGAUGGUCUGCAUGAUGGUUUCUAUGCUUCCAUUGAACAUAAAUGUCAGGUGUAUCACCACUGUGUCUAUGGUAUCCGACAUGACUUUCUCUGCGCCAAUUUUACUGCCUUCGAUCAGCGAACAUUUAUUUGUCACUUCGUGUCCGAUGUCGACUGUGAGGGUUCGAAGAACUAUUGGAACAGAAAUGAUGAUCUCUAUAUGGCUACCACAACAACAACGACGACAACAACCACAACAGAGCCGCCGCCAACGCCCCGCAGACGGUUAGUGCGACCAUUACGACCUUUAAGGCGUCCAAUAAAUCGCCGACCAAUAGAUGAUUACUAUUAUGAUGAAGAAGAGGAACCUGUGGCUGCAUAUGAUGAUUACUACGAGGAACCGCGGAAUCGUCGACGCAAACCACGUCCACGACAACGAAAACCCAUAGCGGAAUAUGAAGAAGAAUAUAGCGAUGAGAAGCCACGGCGUCACAAUCCACGUGAUCAUUUACGUGAUGAAGAGGAAUUAGAAGAAGAUUAUGAUGUUGAUCGGCAUAAAUAUGAUCGGCCUAACUCACGCGUCAAGCCGGGAGAUAGGCGCAAAACUGGCAGUCGGAAAUCGACCACGGCUGCAGGUCGUUUAGGUGCAGAUGAAAGACGCAGUUUAAGUGAAGAUCGUCCACUGGCCGGUCGCAAGGACAAAUCACGAAUAACACCAUCAGUAGAACCAGCCGAUCCGGUAGAAUCUCCGCCGCGUCGCUUAAGUGGAAGGCGUAGAAUUAAUGAAAAACGUACGUCGCAAACUAACAGUGAUGACCUAGACGAUUAUGCGAAACCACAUGAACAUGCACCGGAUCAGGAGGAGGCUGCCGAAGAAGAAGCGCCACCGAAAGUAAAGACAACACCGAAACCACUGGAAGAAUUCAUUACACCAAAAGCAGGUAUUGGGUCUGUUUAUGCGCGCCCACGAGCACCACCACGUAUCGCACGUCCAGUGCCUCUUAAUGAGAAGAAAAAAUUCCAAUAUCCAGUACAAAAAACAGGCACCACGCCCAGUCCCGAAUCUACACAUGCAAGUGAAGACGACUAUUAUGAAGAGGAGGUAUACGAUGAUAUACGCCUGCAUCGGGUUCCACCUCGUAGACGUGUUGUAGACAGUAAGCUUGAUGAAGAAGAAGAAGUGCCAAGUACGAGAAGACGGAAUCAAAACGACACACCGUUAAUUAAAAAACCUUCCCGAACAACCAUACGACGACCCACAACAGAGAAAAAGCGUGUGCCAGUAGUAGAUGAAGAAGACUACGAUAGUGUUGGUGGUGCAGCUAUUGAACCCGUCGAUGCCCACACCAGCGCCCGUAGACGACCGUUUAACACUCGUAAUCGCAGCUCAUUUGGUCCACCCGUUGGGCGCGGGGCUGACGAUGUUGACUUUGUCGAUGACGACUACGAAGAACGACCAUUGCGGCCAGCCAACCGCCUGAGACCGAAAGCAGCAGCACGCAAAGGCACCAAGAAACCGCGGCGCCCCAUUGAGGAGGAAGAUGUGUACGAAGACGAACCUGAACCACAAGUACGGAAUCGUGCCAGUGUAAACCGGCCUAGAAUAGGCACCAAUGCGCGUUUACGACAAUCCACAACGACUACAACAACAGCAGCAACGAUUGAAGAGUCAGCAGCUGAUGCCGAGUUAGACGAGGAAGAGGAAGAACAAUCAGCGUCCCCAGCGCCAAGUCGACCAGCCGGCCACUCGCCCUCUGGGCGGACAGCAACGGUACGUGUUGUUAAGCGCCCAUUUUUGCCUUCGCGCGGUGGCAGCCCUUAUCUUCCACGUGGCCUACAACCGGUUGGUGUAGCUCUGAAGCCACUCGGCACCCACACAACAGACAGCACGCCCAUUGACAUGGGAUCUACAAUAUCGGGCGUACGUCUACUUGAACAUGGUGCCCCGAUAUUGCGAGAUUCUGGUAGCGCUACAGCUCCGAUGAAUACUCACAUUGUACAUGACCCAAACGGCUACGAACGCGAGCGCGAACGUGACGGGGAGAGGGAGAGGGAGCGAGACCUGCAAUCACCUCAAAUUCAUCGUACAACUUUUCCACCGCGUAGCGCAUUGCCAGCAUCUCAGGCCCGACCAGAGCCUCAGCCUAAAAUCACAUUAGAUGAGCUCUACGAAAAUGACUAUGACGUCACGCUGAAUGACGCCCUCAAUCCGACGCUUAAACCGCUUUCGCAGCAUCACAGCAAUCAUCCAAAUCACCAUAGCGCUUAUGAGAAUGCAUAUGCGUCUGAGUCGGGCGUCGGUACAUUUGUCAAUAACAAUAAUAAUAACAAAUCACCCACAACACUUUAUCAUAAUAACAAUAGCAAUAAUAAUAAUCAAUAUCAUCAGCAACAACAACAUAAACACCACCUAAAUUCUUAUCAAACUAAAUCACAAAUCUCUCCAUCGCUUAGUCAAACACAAACUCAUUUCGAGCCGCUUCAAAUUUCCAAAUCAUUACAAUCGCAAAUUCAUCAUCAAUCUGAACAUAUGCUUGCACAACAACAACAACAACAACAACAACAACAACAAACUAGACAGCAACCACAACAGCCCCGACAGCAACAUCAACAACAAAGUGCUUAUAAUGACUACAAUAGUGACGAUUCAUAUUUCUCACCAACAGAUAUACGAAGGCGCGCGGUCAUCGCAGCGCCACAGCAACCGUAUUCCAGCCGAACGGACUACAGAAGCGUCGGCAUGAGAAUAGCCCAGCACUUCUAUGAUGAUUUGGAAUACUAAAGGUCGCUCUAAAAAUGUAUAUAAGAGUAUUUUGAAACAGCCACACUCCCCAGCAACACGCACACAUACACACAGCACAGCACAGCAAAGCACCGCACACGCCUGGCAACAUGUUGAUAACAGUUUCUUAAGAAAAUGUACAGACGCUGAUUCGCCGAUAAAGUCUUUCAGCAUAGAAAUCUGGAAACGUUUACAAUAUUUAAAAACAGGAUAA